GCCGGGCGGAGGGGCGGAGCAGCUUCGCUCCCGCUUAAGUGUGGCGGCGGGCGCUGCCCCGCGGCACGGCCGGGUUGGGCCAUGGAGGUGGCGCGGGACUGCGUGGGCUCGGUGCUGAGAUCUUUGGUAUCCGUGGGAGCAUCUGUGGGAGCAGCAACAAAACAGACCCUGUUCCCUCCUCUCAUGCCUGCAGGGAGACCUUUCCGUGUAUCAAAUGCCUCCAGAAGCAGCCGGAAAGGAAUUGUUGCAAGCAGCCUGCAAGAACUCAUCAGCAAGACUUUGGAAGCUUUCCUUAUAGCUGCUGGCACAAUUACUCUGGUUUUGGAAGAAGAUGGCACAGUUGUGGACACAGAAGAGUUCUUUCAGUCCCUGGAUGAUAACACACACUUCAUGGUUCUAGAGAAAGGACAGAAAUGGACACAAACAAGAAAUGGAAUUGUCCCUGCAAGGCAAAAGAAGAAAAUGGGAGUAGCUAACAUCACGUUUGAUCUCUACAAGCUGAACCCUAAGGAUUUUAUUGGCUGCUUAAAUGUGAAGGCAACCUUCUAUGAGAUCUACUCAGUGUCAUAUGACAUCAAGUGUAUGGGAGCAAAAAGUAUAUUGCGGAAGGUGCUUCAGAUAAUAUCCCACAUGGCACAAAUAACUGGACAGUUUCUUCUCUAUACUGGAACAUACAUGUUGCAUUUGAUGGGUGAAUAUGAUGAAGAUGCCACUUGUACAAGAUCACAACACAAGUAGAGACCACAGCAGCACUUCUGAUAUUGGAUCCUUUUGUUUAAGGACGCUCUCUUGCCCAAAUUUGAAUGUAAUGAUGUUUUAGUAGGGAGAUAUCCACUAAGGUGAACUAACUUUUUUUUCCCAUUUGGGAAUGCUUGUAGGCCUUAGUUGUAAAAUAAGUGUUUGGUGUUCGUGGGCUCUUAACACAGCAAAAGGAUGGGUGCGUAAUGACUGGGCAAAAGAAGAAGAGAGGGCAGAUUUUUAUCCCAAAAACUUGGUGGAAAAUAAGAUUAUUUGGAAACAUGUGCUUUGUAACCAAUGGAUCGUUUCCUUGCGCUGAUCAAAACAUGGUUUGUUUUCUUUGUGGCUGUCUACUUGCCUUCUGAACAGAUAGGGCUGUCCUUUUUUGUUGUUGUUGUUUUAUCCUUAACGCUGCUGGUGUUAGUGUCCAGCUGGCACUGGGGUACAAAAUGCUGAAGUGUACUUAUUUUCUUUUUCUAGUAAUAGGAAUAUACAAUACAACUGGUUCAGUGACUGAAUACUGUCAUGAAGUCUCAUUCAACAAAGCACAAUUACUAUGCAGAAGCUUAAAAUUUAGCUUUAUUUCCCUUAAAACAAGUAAACACUUUCUAUAACUACUUGUAUUGUUCUUCAAGUCUAUAGGAAGCUCUGGUUAAUAUAGUUUAUACCAGUUGAAAAACAUAUUUUUUUUACUGUGUCCGAUGUCCCACUCUGCCCUACAGCAUUGAAUAACUUGUCAUAGGGCCAUCCAUAUGGCUUACAGAAAACCUCCUGAAGAUUUCUUCAGGGGUUAAACCUCCAAUUCUUUAAGUUUUGUUCUUCAGCUACGCAUGUAGAUGACACUACAUUCCAAGCUGCACUUGAAAUGUUGGAUUUUGAUGUCCUUGUGUUCAAGGGGAACAGCAGGACCUUAUCUUCUGUGUAACGUAUACUCAAAACUGGGUAUUUGCAGUCUUAGUCUCAUAAUACAGACUAUAUUAAAGGAAAAAGUUUUUAACCUUCAGAUAUAAUUGUCCAAAAAGCUUUAUACAGUUUAGUGAACAGACUGGUUUUUGGAAAGGAUCUCCUUGACUGCGAACACAAAUGGGAAAACAAGUAGUGGUAGGCAGUUGCGACAAAAUACAGACACUGUUGUUGAAGGGGGAAUGUUCAACUCCUGUUGUUCAUAGGUGUGGCUUCUGAGGUUUUUAUUUGCUUUCUUAAAAUGAAUUUUAAUAAGUUACAUUAUUAAGACUGAAAGCCAUUAAGGAGAUAACAUGCAGGUAAAUAUUCUACCUGAUUGCAAGUGCCACUAAGGAAGAGAAACUGUGGUGACAGGGAAGAGAACAAGUAGGAGAGGAAGGGACCAACACGGGCUCCAGGGUGCUUGCUAUGCUUCUGCAGAGACACAAGUCCUUUAACCACUUACAUCAACUGCAGUGAUUAGUUGGAGGAAAGCCUGAUAUGCUAAAAGAAGAACAGAUGGAUUGAGAUGACCAAGCAUCAUGUUUGGUGGGAUCCAUUUUGAUCUGUAAGCUGGAUCUCUUUAUUUCAAAUGUUACUAGUACAUGGAAAUAUUGCACACAUUUAUCUGCCAGCUUCACUCUCAUAUGCUUUUUUUUGCCUUCCUUUUAUGGAUCUGAUUUUUAGCCAGCUGGAGCUGCAUCUUUCAAAUCACUGUUGUGUGAAAAGCAGCCUAAAAUCAAUCUUAAAAGGAUUAAUAGACAUAAGUCUGCUAAGUCUCUACCUGUCUCUUCAGUAAUGAUAUUACAAAUGAGUAGACAGCUAAGAAAGAAACUUUGUGGCUUUUUUCCCCCGAUUUAUUGUUUCCCAUACACUUCUGAAUAUUUGCUGGAGGAGAGAGGGGUAGUGAGGCAUGCGGCUCCAGGCAAGGGGUGGACUGGCUUAUUUUACUCACUUUUCCCAUGGAAGAGCGUCUGCACCUUGCAGCACUGUUAUGUUUCCUUCAGAAGAAAACAGACUACUCAGCAGGUAAUGAGAGAAAGAUUAAGUUAAAAUGAAGACUUUAUCUAUGUUGUUCUUUCCCUUACCCCUACCAUGAUUGUUACUGUGGUAACUGUUGGAGUUUUUCUACCCUCUAUCAAGAAACUGCACUUAGCUGAUGUAGUGCAGGGACUUUGUCAUUAACCAUUGACUCUUUCAGCUUUUAAGGACCAUUUACUGCAUUUAAACAAGCCCACGUCAAAGCUUUCUACAUGUAAUGUAAUGUUUCUAGGAAUAUAUAUGUUGCUAAUGGUGGAAACACCAAUGUAGGAAAAAAGCAAACAAUAUACUUGCAUGGUUCAAUACUGCAUUCAUCUGCCUCUUAAACUUUCUGCAAUUUGAAGGCUUUUACAAGUCUGAACCAUGCAGAUCUCAAAUUCUGUCCUCCUAAAGCCAGAGGCAGUUAUCACAGAGCUAACACUCCGUAGUUUCCAAUGGUGUUACUGUAGGACUAAAAGACUAACUCAACAUGAAUUUGCAAUGUUUUUAAGCAGCUGCUUCUUUGGCAGCCUACCACUUAAUGCUUGAGUUGCUGAAGGUCAUGUGAGCUGCAGUCUCCACCCCAGAGCAUCUCCCUGUGGUUCAAAUGCAAACAGCUGAAGAAAGUAGCUUUGAUAUUUUCUCAGGGUGGGAGAAGUGUCUUGGAAAGUUUGGAGUUUGUGGAAUUACUCCAUUGUUUCUGAAUCUGGAUUUUGCCACAGAUUUAGUAUUUAGAAGAUAUUUGCUGCUGUAACAACUACUAUGCAGAGAUAAAGUUUUGGCUUCUGGUCAAACCUAGAGGAGUUUGUUUUCCUGAGUAGGAGUCAGUUUGAGGGUUUUUUUUUUUUUAAACAGCUCGCUUAAGAUGUGUAGCUUUUACUUCAGCUGUAUGUGGUACACAGCAGAGAACAACACUUAACAGAUUUUCAGAAAGCUACAAAAUCUAAAAGCACAGGCUCUUCUCUGCUGGUAUGAACAGGUGAAACUAGCUUUUCUACUUGGUAUUUCUAUUUUUUUUUUUUUCCCAGAGCCCUAAUCUGCACUUGUUACUGUUACAGGCAAAGCUGGUAACACUAAAAUUUCAAAAGCAUGAAACAUGUUUUCUCCCUCCUUGCUUGCCCUGACCCUCUUUCCCUGUUGCUUUGCAUCACUUACUAACAAUGCACCAAGUCGUACCCUGUAGUUACCAAAAAAGGAAUUUUCACUGAAGUACUGGGUCUUGUUGACUCAGGCACUGCUCCUGCUCUGCAGGCAAAACAAAGCUGCUCUUUUCAUGACUAGAAUGAAGGAUCUAAUAGCUUUUCUGUGUGUGUAUAACUUAUUACUUAAUUUCCUUCCUUUCACAAACUCACUGAGUAGUUGCUUUCUUGCACCUUUCCUAUUCUUUCAAGAGAAAUAGGAGUACGGGUUCUUCUGCCUGGGGGAGGGGAUAAGGCAGGGUCUAAAUUCCUUAGAGCAUUAGGAAUAUGCUGUAGGAAACACCCCAAUCCCUUAUCUGUAGGAAAGGGAGGGGUUAAAGAAAGGAAAAACAGAACUUUGGGCUGGAAGCUUUUUCAGCACAGUAGGGAGGUAGGCAUUAACUAUUUAGGAAAUGUUGGUAAUUCUAAAUGUGAACGUAUGAUUGUUUGUAAUGGACUAGAAUUAUAACUGAAUCAUUUCAGCAUACUUCUAGAGAUAGAACUUGAACUAAAGGCACAAACUUCUUUAAUUAAAAUUUAAGGCCAAAGCACAAAGGAGUUUGAACUUAAUGCUUCAUUACUGAAGGUAUUAACAUAAUUAACAGUGUACUUCAGUUAUAGUAAUAAUUCUUGUGGGGUUUAACAUUUAUCACUACUUUCUAUACUUUGCCAUAAGAUAUUUAUGAACAUGAGAAUUGAUGUUCUGCUAAAGGAAAAUAUAAUAUUUUACCAUUUCAAAACUGUAGAACUCAGUAGUUUAACUUGCUAUGGAAACUGAGGUGGGUGAGAAUGAUGUGAGUGAUGGCAAUUUUUUCUGAUACAUGGUGCCAAUUUUGAGGAAAUGCAUAAAUGUCCAUGAAUAAAGUUAAAUUGUGGCUUUGGA